AGAUACAGAGAGAGAAAGGGAGAGAAGAUAUAGAAGACACAGUGUGAGAGAAGCUAAAGCAUAUACAAAGCAAUCAAACCACAGAUACUAGUAAUAAUAUUACACACUGUUAUUUAAGCCUAUGAAUUUCUACUCAAUAUGAUUUUCCCCUAAAUUGAAUGAAAACCCUAACCCUAGCCCUCUCUGUCGGGUCCAAAUCUCGGAUCCUCCGUUUUCAUCGCCAAUUUUCAAUUUUUUUCUCCGGGGGUUAAUCUUUUAUACUUCUUAGCUCUCUUUCUGUAAGUGAUCACCGCUUUUCGCUUUCUCGUUUCAGUUCAAUUCAGUUUGUUUUCUUGUUUACUUUUUCAGAAAAAUUAAGUUCAAAUUUAUAAUCUUUUAGUUGAGUUGUGUUGGUGUAGAAGAAAUAAUAUUAACUGGUUUUUGAUUGGGGGUUUGAUCUCUAUAAAGAUUGUUGAUUUAUCAGCUUGUUUUUAGAGUGAGUAGGAGUACAGAGAGUGUAGGCAUUAGAUAGAUAUAUAGAGGGGGAUGGGAAGCUCUGAUACGGGCACGAGCACGGGUGUGGUGGACUGUGCGGUUGGCUCCAUUGUUUGGGUCAGGCGGCGCAAUGGGUCUUGGUGGCCAGGCAAGAUUUUGGGUGAAGAAGACCUCUCGGGCUCUCAUAUUUUGUCUCCUCGAUCCGGGACUCCAGUUAAGCUUCUUGGAAGGGAAGACGCUAGUGUAGAUUGGUACAAUAUGGAGAAGUCUAAGCGUGUGAAGGCAUUUAGAUGCGGUGAAUUUGAUGAUUGUAUUGACAAAGCUGAGUCUUCCCAGGGAAUGCCUCCUAAAAAAAGAGAGAAGUAUGCACGCAGGGAAGAUGCUAUUAUCCAUGCUCUUGAACUUGAGAAGCAGUUUUUGGAGAAACAAUAUGGGAAAUUGGGCUCAUCAUCUUAUCACAAGAGCAGUAAAUCGUCUGAUGCUGUGAAAAAGGAGUUGGCUACAUCUGCUGAGAGCAUGCGACAUGGCAAUGGCAAAUGCGUAGAUGUGAAAUAUCGUCAACUUUCUGAAGAGCUGGAUCUGUCACUUAAGGGCAUUACUAGUCCUCAUCUGCAAACACAGAAAGUUAAAGAGGAAAAACAAUUGAGUGGGGAUGAUGAGAACUCUAAUAUACUUCCUAGGAUGAGAGGUUUGCAGGACCUUGGUCUUAAUAUUACUUCUUCAAAACUUAAGAAUCCUUCAAUUGAAUCCAAUGGUCCAUCGCAAUCUCCAUUACAUGAUAGUACUCAGGCUCCUGUAAAUGGUGGUGGUGCGAGCACUGACAAUACUGGUCAUGUUAAUGACAAAGCUUCCUCAGCGAAAAGGAAAAGGUCAUAUGAUGAGAGGUUGGCUGAAGAUUCCAUAGCCAAGAGGCGUGAUAGGCGCCGCCCCCUUGUUCAAGUACUGGAGAGUAGUGCAAUGUUACCAGCUCCUCCCUCGCUAAAGCCUGAAGAUAGUAUUGUUUCUUUACAUUCAAAAGGUGAGGAGCAGACUAAGUUGCAAGGUAGUGUGAAGACGAGCAAACUUGUGGACCAGACAAAAUCCGGUGGUUCUGCAUAUGAUUCUCAAAUCCAUCCUAAAGACAUGGAGGGUUCACAAUAUAAACUUGAAGAGAAUAGCAAGCCUGCUGCCGAGUGCAGCCAGAAUAACCACCCUGCUGCUGAGCACAGCCAGGAGGCCCAGGACAACAACCCUGCUGCCGAGUGCAGCCAGGAGAACAACCUUGCUGCCGAGUGCAGCCAGGACAACACUUCUGGAUCAACGGAAGAUACAGAAACAGACUCUUCAGAGACCGACUCUCUCGAAUCAGAUACAGAUGAAGCAAUGGCUGAAAUUUCAGAUGAAUCUGUAGAAUUCAGGCCAAAAUCUAUGGUCAAAUCUAAAGUUCAAGAAGUAGAUGGCAACAGGGGCAGUGAGGAGGCUGAUGACCCCGCAACUACCAGUGAUACGUCUCACCCUUCCAAUGACGAUGUUUUAGCAAGCAUGGGGGUAUCCAAAUGGCAACAAAAAGGAAAAAGGAACUCUCGAGCUCUUACAAAAAGAUAUGCGGAUGUAGGUGCUGAGAAGGAUUCUAGAGAGUCAAACCAGGGAACGAAGUUCAAAGGUAAGGGAAGCAAUGAGAUGGAUAACGUCAAUAGGAAGUAUGGAACCCGAAGAGGUGGUUAUAGGUCUAGAGGUGGAGAUGGUAUUGGACAUAAUAUCACCAGCUGGGAGGACCUCACAUGGAACACUCAGUCUGUGUCAAAAGGACUCUGGGGUGACUCUAUUGAAUAUAAGGAUCCUGUUUCUGCUGGUCGACGUUCUGGUGAUAGGAGGAAGUGCAUGUUGGUAGAAGUGGAUUUGAAAGUCCAGUCAAAUUAUCAAAGAGAGCAUGUUCCUAUGAUUUCACUCAUGAGCAAGAUAAAUGGGCAGGCAAUAGUAGGCCACCCUAUUCAAAUUGAAACGCUAGAAUAUGGAUCAUCGGAAGCCCUUCUGGGUGCAGCUGAUGAUGAACUUAACCAAGACCCUGAUGCAUCACUUCCGCCAAUGUGGAGGACUGCCAGAAGGACAGCUAAUUGUCGGGUUCCACGCCCGCGCUCUUCAUCAAUGAUAGAUGGAGAUGAAGGUGCUGAGCAUUUGCUGCAUGUUCGUCAAGAAAGAAAAUCUCUAACAAAUAAAUUAGACGGGGGGAAAUUAAGCCACAAGAGAUCCACUCAUCGUUCUGGUCCUUCAACUCGCAAAAAGUCAGUUAAGAAGCGGGGAAGGAAGACAAGUAUAGCAUCCAACCAGAAGACCAGGACACUUGCGUCAAUUGCGACACAGCAGAAACCCAACAAUCAUCUGAAACAUAGUUCCAACAGUUGUCAGGUGAAUGGAAUUGUGAAAUCAGAGUCGGCACCAACUGCAGUUGCUUGUAUCCCUAUUAAGCUAGUAUUCAGUCGGUUACAUGAGGAGUUGGCUGGCCGCCAUCAGUAAAACAAACUCCGGGUGAAAAGAAGAAAUACAUAGAAGUAAUGAGUUAUAGGAACAUGUAAAUUAAUGUAAAACAGGCGGUCCAUCUGCAGGGCAGCUGAAUAACAGAUGAAGCAGGUGGAGUCAAAGUGUGGAACUUGACAACAGUGUGGUUCAUCGAAACACCUGAGAGAAAUAGAGGGUAGUUUUUAGAGUUAUAGAGAUGAUUGUAUAUUGUGUCUCUAUGAGAUCACAUCACUUUUCUUUUUCUUCUUAAAGUUGUUCACAUGACUUGAUGUAGCUACAAAGUUUAGGUUUUUUAGCAUUUAUAAAGGUAAAAAAGACAGUUAGUAGGGA